UUACAUACUAACUUCACUUCAAAUUUCUCGUCUCUAAUACAUAUUUUUUUUCUUUCUCCACCAUCGCAGGACCCCUCUCAGUCACGAAUACCUCGGAUCGGCAGCACUACAAUAACCAGUAGAAUUCCAGUUCCCGGAUCAAUCCGUCCACCCCAGGCGCGAUUCCACUCGAAAAUAGCCAAACCCUCCGCAAUCCCCCCACCAUCUACCACAAACACCCCGUUUGCAACACCAGCGCCACCACCAGCAGCCGCCGCCGGAAGACACCUCAGGCCGCCCAAAUCUGCGGCAAUCAGCAUCGCCCGAUCCUACUCCGGGGACGCACUAUGCGGUGAAGGCACACCCCUCCUGCCAGCUCUGGCCGCCUCAACCCCAGCCCCAACGGUGAAACCCACCAGUGGGCUCGAGUUCUACAACAAGCUAGAGCUGGUAUCGUCUGAAAACCUGCAUGACACAUUCGCCCUGCCAUCAUCCGCGUCGACGUCGGCGCAGCCCAGGCCAUCCAGCCAGAACGUAAACUACGACGGCGAUGACGGCCGAAUGCUAGUGGACGAAUCGCUGGAACUGGUCGGCGCCGACAGUACGGACAACAUUGUGCUGGCUCAGCACCACCAGGACCAGAACAUGCUGAAACCGGCGUCCAGCAACGAAACCGUGACGCUCAACUGCGACGGGAACGUCACGUACGAGGUGAAACGCAGCGAAACGUUUGUCAAGUCGUCCCAGGAGUCGUCGCUGAAGCUCGGCGGUAGUCGAGAAUCAUUGAACCGAACGAGGGGAGCGUCACUGUUUCAGAGUUCCGGAAGUAGCGCCGGAGAGUCGCCGGUUUUGGACAAAACCCAUACGAUAUUGGUAGAUGUGGGCGAUGGAAAAGGAGCGUUCAGUUCGACCAUGGUAUCCGAUCGACCGAUGAACGUCACACAAAGCAUUCCAAAUGUUAGCGCGGAGAUUGAAGGUAUGCCACACAUCAACCGGAGAAGUUUGAUGAAUCAAACGCACGAGGUACUUAGCCCGGAUAGAUUAUUGCCAACGGAACCGUUGGUACCGCAGCGACCCACUAGACUGACGUUCAACAUGAACGAAACUAUGAAUAUUUUGAAUGUUUCGGAUCCAACGGCGGCUUUGAACAAGACGCAGGUUUUCAGCUCGACUAUGCAUUCACCUCUGGCGGUGGGAAGCAUCGAAGAUGUUCUGAACGUCACGCGGGACAUCCACGGUUCGAGCUUGGUAGAUGCUAUGCAGUUGGAUGUUAGCGUUGGGGAUCGAACGUUGGUGGCGGAGGAGAUCGAUGGAGGGAAGUUUGGCGAAACUAUGGACGUGGAUGAUGGCGGAGCGGGAAAAGAGAUAUUUGACUUGAGUUUAGAGGAACCAGCCUCGAUGGGGAGGGAUGAAGUACCGGUGCGACCGAUCGAGGGCAGAACCUCGAUUCCGGCGAAGCAGCGCUUUUCGUUUGGUCUAGAUCUGACGGAAACGCUACUACAUGACUGCUCCAUAGAGCUGUGCGAUUCUUCGAUUUCGUCGGCGCAACCACAUUUGAAAUCACCCGUGUCGAGUAGUUUGACGAAACAAGGAUCUUUCGAAAUGGACGAAAGCUUGGGAAUACUGACACCCGAUCAGAUGAAGGAAUUCCUGGACUCUACCACCACAAAUACAAAUAACACAAAUAACUUGGAACUGCAUUUGAAUACCGGUUCUCACAAACAUGGACUCCACCACUGUCGAAUAGAUCAAACUCCAUCCCCGGAAGAACUACCCCUGGAUCCCGUCGGAGUCAAAACAGACAUGUCGGACAUCAUUCUACCUUCGGAGAUUCUGUCGAACGCCGGUCCAAUACUAUACCAGGAGAUAUCACAAACUGAUUCGGAUUCCAAAACGGAUCAGAUGACCAAAUCUGCCACAUCCAAAGUAUCCAACAGCUUCAUUACCAGCAUCACUAGCAUUACCAGCUUGGACACCGGCUACCAGGGAGAUGGCGAAAUGUCUCGUCCGGCAAGUCGUGGAGCCGACCACUCCCCAUCAAAUGGACCACGAUUGAAGAACCAAGCGGCGGCAGCCAUUUGGAACGGUCCGGUAGCACAACCAGCUCCGGUCCCACGCCGCCCGGAUCCGAUGACGGACAGCGACUUCUUCACCGAAAGCGACGCCGACGAUGUGCUGAAUCGCGGUGAUCGAAGGGCGCAGGUGAUUGACGGGCAGCUGUACGGACCGAUGGUGCAGGGGGCUAAUGUAUUCAUAAAUCAACAACCGCAAAACGAAGAUUCGUGCAUGGAAUCGAGUGGAAUUUUCACGGAUGUGGAGAACCGCGGGGAGGAUGAUCUCGUACAUAGAAGGUCUGAGAACGAAGACCGAUCCGAGCGUGAGGAGGACGAUCACGGUUCAAUCAAUGGGGUAGCUCACCUGAUUGCGGAUAGCGAUAUGAGCCCUGACGUGUCUACCGAUACGAUCAGCAGCAGCAAUACGGCGUGCAGCCAGAAGAAGGUGGUUCCGCCGAACGGCGGCAACUGUUUACAAACAACUUCAAACGUUCCACCAAUGAACGCAAACGACUCAACACCUGCACCGGCCGACGUCAGCAAACACGUUGUCAUACCUUCGCAGCGUGGUGGCGCCGCCGCGUCGAUUGAUCGGACGGCGUCGCCGCAGCCGACCGCUUUGGUGAGCGACGCUGGCCACCGAAACGAGUGUGAGAACGGCGUCGUCGUAGCGACUAGCAAAGCAGAGAGCGCAACUAGCAUCACCAUCGUCCGAGCUGACACCACCGACAGUUUGUCUGGCGCGCCCGUCGUUGGUGGAGGUACAAUCGUCGGUAAUAAUGUCGGUUCGGUCGGCAAAAAGCCCGGCUCCAGUCGUAAACAGCAGAAAAACGAAUCCAAUUUGGUGCUGAAAAAACAUGAAAUGACGUCGCGCGCGGUCGUUCGAACGCGUCUCUUCAAGGAUAGCGCCGCCGUGUCGAAAUCGUCGCGUAGCGUCGGUGGAAGUGCCCUGAAUCUGGAGGACGUCGAGAAUGAGUGUGAAAAUCAGGAAAAUAAGCGUCCCACCAGUGCGACUCGGGGUGGUUGCGGUGGGCCACGUGCCAGUGCCAGUGUGGGAAAUCUAAGCUUUACGAAAAAAUCGGCCACCCCGAACAAGUGGGAUGCAGUGAUGAGUAAAAUUGCCGAAAAUAAAGCCGUAAUCAAGAAGAAUUUCAGUGAUGUGAAGUCGAAAAUCAGCUGCGGAAAAACGGUGGUGUCGACGUCGUCAUCGUCGGUGGCGCUAGGGCGUCGGCUGGAUUCGCCGGCGUCGCUCAAAAGUCCACCGUCGGAAUGCAGCAGUGUGGGCAAUCGGAGCAUUGGCGCUAUUCCGAUGACUGGCGGUGCUGGCGGGAAGCGGACUAUUUCCGGAUCGGUGAAGCGGUAAGUGCGCCCUUUUUCUCAGUUGUCAGCUGAUUGAUUCUCCAUCAGCUUGCCAUUUUUCGUUAUGUAAAGAGAUCUGCUUAGACAUUCAUGACUUGCGCGCGCAAACAUAAUCAACAAUUCAAAUCAAA